AUGAAUCGUUCCUACAAUUUCUUGAUUGCUUUGGGGGUGCUUUACUUUUUAUUUUUUGGUAGAACCAUGGGCUGGUGUGGAACAGGCGUCGUUGGGGAAAACUGCCGAAACUCCCAAUGUGUUUGUGACAAAUCCUGGAAAUGGAAAAAGGCAGUCAAAUGGAACGUAAACGCGCUUUGGUACGUCUGCAAAUUUGCCGACGACGCUGAACGAAACUGUAAAGCCCACUGGGAUGGCUGUCUGAAAAAGUAUGUGUCAACGCGAGCAGCUUUCCAGUCUGUUACUAGCUGGUUCCGUAGCCCCGAGAAUGCUGGUUGGGAUGCAGCAAUCAAUGCCGGAUGGAAUGGAUACAAAUACGGAAAAUGUGAUUAUCUUCUUAAACAAUAAAAUAAAUAUAUAUGAUUUUGUAAAUUCUGCGUGAAAAACAAAUAAAUGAUUAUUGUUAUUAUAC